CCCAUUUUAGUCUCUCUCCCUGUCAGCUGUGUGGAAUGUGCGACGCACAUUGUGCAGACCCCACUCAGAGAGUCGGACACCAGCAGCACCACCGGAGUCUUUCAAAGAAGCCACAGCACAUCAGCCCCGCUGCUCUUCAUUCCGGCUCCUGCGCGAUCGGUUACCUUUUGGCAGGAUGUCUUCUACCCCAGAGCUGCCCCUCCUCCUCACAACGCUGCCUCCGGUCCACUCGUCCACUCCUUUCGCAGAAGCCAAUGUCACGGCGUGCCAGGAGUGGGAGCAGGCCCACCACCUGCUCUUUCAUAUGGGCAACCUGUCCCUGCUGCUGGGCCUGGUCAUCCCCACCACCCUGGGUCUGCACAUGAUCCUGCUGCGCCUCUUCCUGAUGACAGGAUGUGGUCUCUUCAUUGCUUGGGCCACUCUGUACCGGUGCAACCUGGAUGUGAUGGUUUGGAACGUGGUAUUCCUGGUGGUCAACUUCAUGCACUUGUUCUUCCUCCUGUACAAGCGCAGACCGAUCAAGAUUGACAGGGAGCUGCGGUCCGUCUACAAGCGGAUGUUUGAGCCCCUUCACGUGCGGGAGGCUUUGUUUCAGAGGCUCACGGGACAGUUCUGCACCAUCCAGACCCUGAAGAAAGGCCAGGCCUACGCUGCAGAGGAGAAGACCUCCGUGGACGAACGCCUCAGCAUCCUGCUCAAAGGAAAGAUGAAGGUAUCCUACCGAGGGCAUUUCCUCCACAACAUCUAUACCAACUCGUUCAUUGACUCCCCGGAGUUUAGGUCCACGGAGAUGCAUAGAGGAGAGAAGUUCCAGGUGACCAUCAUGGCAGAGGAGAACUGUAAGUUCCUGUGCUGGUCUAGAGAGAGGCUCACCUACUUCCUGGAGUCAGACAGUUUCCUCAAUGAGGUGUUCAGGUACCUCAUCGGCAAAGACAUCACCAAUAAACUGUACUCGCUGAAUGAUCCCACACUAAGCGACAAGGCUGUGAAGAAGAUGGAUCGUCAGCCCAGCCUCUGCUCUCAGCUCUCCAUGAUGCAGAUGAGGAACAGCAUGGCAAGCACCAGCGACACCGAUGACGUCCUCAACCAGAUCCUACGAGGAGGAUCAGCCGGAUCCUCGAUUCCUGUGACUACUCCGUCAGAUUGAGCCAUUCCCUGACAAUGCUAAUUAUCAUCUGGCACCAAGUCCUCCGUUAAAAUGAAGCCUAUUGAAGAAGGUAUGGAGGAUGAUGUUUUUGAAGAGUCUACUCCUUCUCACCACUUGCCCAACUCUUCCACCGAGGAGGUGUAGCCAGCAGAGUGUCAUCAUAUCAGAGUCAUAUUAUUUAGAUCUGGAGAUUUAGGAGCUGAAUAACUAAGAAGUUGUGACUGAUACACGGAUGUAGCUGAUAUCAAUAAAGGUACAAAAAAUAUCAAUGCUGUGUUUUCUCAAUUAUAAACUGUGUCUCAGUUACAAAGUUGUUGUGUUUUUUUUUUUUUUUUUACACUGUCAAAUGUCACAACUUUCUCUUGUUGCAAAAAAAAAAAAAAAAAGUUGGUUUUCAUGUAAAAAAACAAACAGUAUUGGUUGUAUUAUGUUAGCUUUAGGACUUUCACUACCACUGUAUGUGACGUCACUAUUUUUAACAGUGUGUUACUUUUUGAAUAGUUUGAAACAGUAACCAAGUGCACUUUGUGUGUUCAAUAAACAUUUGGAGAGUUGUUGUUA